GAUCUGACUGGGAAGUACAGUUUUGUUGAUAGGUUAGGUAUGAAAAAACCUUUUGAUUUAUUGUUAACAAUGACCUUUGGUCUUUUCCAUGGAUAGAUUUAUUCUCAGUACUUCAUUGAAUUUCAUUGAUUAAAUCGAAAAUAUCGAGAAAUAGAUUAUUUCAAUGAGAAAGAAACGUGGAAAAUAUCGGAAAAAUGAACGCAGUUAUUGCGAUGUGCACAUUUUGUGAAGUGCAUGGACCGAGGGUCAUAUUCACGACGCAGACUUACCGAAUUUACGAUAAAGAUGAUAAAGAAAGUAAGAAAUUGAAGUUUUAUGGGCCCAGGGAAAUUCUUGAGGAGGCGGACAAGAGGAGAUUGACAGGUGUCGGUGGUGAGAGGAAGGAGUGCGAUGGGUGCGAGAGUCUUGGAAAUGUCAAGUACUUGAGUAAUGAGCAUGACAGCAGAACGUCAUUUGUAUCUGCUAGACAACCACUCACUCAAGAUAUUGCUAAUCUCCUUGCACAUGCCUGCAUUAGAAGCCUAAGUUGUGAACUUCAUCUAGGAAAAAAUGGAGUCUGUUAUUUUGGAGAUGAGGUACGAGGUCAUGUGCUCAGUCAUGCUUUUACUCUGAAAGAUGCACAGGCUAGGGGAAUACGUAGAUCAUGCAGUUUCAUUGUCUUCAUGAAGGAUAAACAAUUCUUGCUCAAUAUGUGCCCCUUCUUCGUGGAUAAUCUCAGGCAAGUUAUCAAGGAACUUCAGGACUUUGCUGAGAAAAAGUAUAACGCAGAUGAGAAAGAAAAUCCUCAGAGAGCUGCCAGACUGUCAUCAGCUAAUAGAGAACCACAUGGUAAUCGAGAAACUGCCAGAGGCAUGCCUAGAGGUCUGCCACAAAUUACUGAUGAGAAACACAUUUUUGUUAGAAUCCACAUGUGGCUGGUUUGGAUAUUAAGUGCAGGUGCUCGUCACUUCGUUGAGUCCUCAGCAACUCUUGACAGUCCACUAUCAGGAUUUCUCAUCAGAUAUCAAGAUUUUACUGAAAACCCCGAAUUUUCGGAGAUCUCAAAGAAAAAAUUUGUCACUACAGUCUUACGUGAAAUUUCACAGCAAAUGUCGAGGGAACAUUUCAGGCAACUGCUGUUCGCAUGUCUCACUGGAAUUCAGAUAGUUGUAAGAGGCCCAGACAGUCAGGCACUGGAGAUUCUUUAUGCCCUGAGUUCUCUGGUUCCCAAGUCCUGCAGGAGAAUCCAAAUGGGGGCGGACGAAUACAAAAAUAUUAACGAGUGUAAUUUUCUCGGUAUUGAUACGCUCGUAGCAGUUCCAGCCCCAUCUUCCCACAUCUGCAGAUUAGAUAUAAUCCCUGAGGAGCACAAAAGCACAUAUCCACGAUCUCCAAUCCUCAGGUGGACAGGGGAAUUGCCCCAAAAAUUGCCAACACUCGUAGCCAAACUCGAAAAAUAUAUUUACAAUGAUAAACUCGAAAACAAUGUAUUACGAGCACAAUUUAUUGCUCUUCAAGAGGAAUGGGCUAAUAUCGCUAAAAUCGUGCAUGCUAUGCGAGGACGUGGCCACCGGGGCGAUCUCUCUGGUCUCAUCAUGAGUUUAGGUGCUGACAAACAUGAUCUAGGAUUAAUUGAUUCUUGGUCGAUGGGUCUUCCCUCAAAUCCCGCGUGAAUUGAUAAUCAUAUAAAUAUUUUGUUUCUCUUCCUCUUAAUUUUCAUAACUUGAAUGUAAUUAUUUAUUGAAAAAAAAGUAUUUAAGAAUCAGAAAGGCAAAUUGUGCGAUAUUGUUAAUACUAAUUUUCUCACGUUGAUGUACACUGGAAAACCUGAUUAAAAUUGGUUUCAACGAA